AUGUCUACUGCAAUUCCCAAGAAUUCUACAGUCCUAGUCACUGGUCUCAAUGGCUACAUUGCAUCUCACGUAGCUGACCAACUUUUGCAAGCUGGGUAUCGAGUGAGGGGUACCAUCAGAGAAGCUUCCAAAGCGAAGAACUUGAUCGACGAAUGGGAGCAAAAGUAUGGAAAGAACAGAGUUGAGGUCGUAGUUGUGCCAAAUAUGGCUGAUGAAGGGGCUUUUGAUAAAGCUGUGAAGGGUGUAUCUGGCAUCGCACACGUAGCAUCGAACAUGUCAUUCUCACCCUAUCCAAACGAGGUUAUACCAGAAUGUCUUGCCGGAGUAAACGGCAUUCUCAAGUCUGCAGCCUCGGAGCCUAGUGUCAAACGUUUCGUCAUUACAUCAUCCUCUAUGGCCGCAACUCACCCGAAGCCCAAUCAGGAAUUUUAUAUCGAUGAAAAUACAUGGAAUGAAGAAGAUGUUGAAGCAGCACACGCUCCACCCCCAUAUGAGCCUUCUAGAAAAUGGGCUGUUUACGGAGCCAGCAAGGUUGAAACCGAGCAAGCGGUAUGGAAUUUUGUGAAGGAGAACAAGCCAGGCUUCGUAGCCAAUGCUGUUCUGCCAGAUACAAACAUGGGCUUGAUCUUGGAUCCAACACAAGCUGGCUCUACUGGCGGCCUUGUUCGAAUGCUUUACCUGGGAGAUAAUUCGGUGCUUAAACAUUUACCACCUCAGUAUUUUGUUGAUGUGCAAGAUACCGGACGCCUGCAUGUCUCGGCAUUGAUUGACGAGGAUGUGAAGAACGAAAGAAUCUUUGCUUUCGCCGAGCCAUUCAACAACAACACUUUAUUGAGAACCUUCCGCAAGAUUCGACCCGAUGCAAAAAUGAUGGAUGACUUCCACGAUGAUAGCAUCAAUGAUCUAUCAAAGGUAGCCAACCAAAGGGCCGCAGAGCUUCUCCGAAGGGAUUUCGGACGUACUGGAUUUACGAGCUUGGAAGAAUCUUUGAGGAACAACAUUCAAGGUCUUUGA